AUGGGAAUCCCCGUGACGUCACGACAGGGGGAUUCCUGCCUCGCUGGGGGAGUGCCCCGGGCUUUGGGGGUCUCGGUUAUGACACAGAGGUUUGAGAGGUCUCGGCAGUUCAGGGGGCCACCCCCGAACAGGGUCUGGAUGACACACGGGGAAACGGUAACCCCUGAGGCCAGUCCCCCCCGCGCCGCUCCGCCCCAGACGGUGAAGCAGCUGCUGAAGGAGCUACGGCAGCAGAAGAGCAGGGAAGGGGCGAGAUCCCCGGUUUUGGCUGUGCCCUCCCCGCGCCCCUCGGAUGGCUCUCCCUGGCCCGUUGUCCCCGCGGUGACUCCCGGCCUCUGUGAGGUCCCACACGUGUCCCAUGGCAGCCCGGGAGGGGCCCAUGGGGGAAGGGUCUCCGGUCCGAGGGGGUUCCAGGCUGCUGCCAUCCCCGGCCCUGCCUGGCCCCAUCCCGCAGUGCCGUGGGGACAAUUUGGGGCCUCUCUGCUGGGAAGGGAGAUCCAAGAGCCGUACCCUGAGCCCCAGGACCUGGCAGCCGCCCGCGCCGUGCUGGGGGGCCGAGACCCCCGGGAGCUGCUGCUGCAGGACGAGGAGGGGGACACGCUGCUGCACGUGCUCUGUGCCGGGGGGCAGUGGGCGCUCGCCCGGGCUGCGGCCGAGGCUCUGCGGGACCUGGGGGGACUCGAGGUGCGGGAGCACCUGGGCAAGACUCCCCUGCUGGUGGCAGCAGCAGCUGCAGCCCCGGAGAUUGUGCGGGACCUGCUUGUCCUGGGGGCCAACCCUGACGCCGCUGACCACGGGGGCCGCACGGCGCUGCACCUGGCUGCAGCCUAUGGGCACCCCGAAAUCCUCCAGGCCAUGAUGUCCUCGGGGGUUCCUGUCAACGUGGAGGCCAGAAACUUUGAGGGCCAGACCCCUCUGCACUGCGCUGUCCUGGCCCACAAUGCCUCCCUGCAGGGAGGGCACAGCCCUGUGGGGGGCUCUGCAGGGGGGUCCCCCACUCCCCAGGACCGAUUCCGCUGUGUGGAGCUGCUCCUGCUGAUGGGGGCAGACAGCAGCAGCCAGGACACCAAAAGCAGCCUGACAGCUCUGCACCUGGCUGUGAGGGGAGGCAACCUUGCUCUGGCCCAUCUGCUGCUGCGCCAGCCUGGCAUGGCACCCCGCCUGGUCAACAUGAAGGCCCACGGGAACACCCCCCUGCACAUGGCAGCAGCCCUGCCCGGGACCCCCAGCCAGGAGCCCCUCGUGAGGCUGCUCCUGGCCUGGGGCGCCGACCCCAGCGCCCGCAACCUGGAGCACGAGCUGCCCCAGAGCCUGCUGCCCCCGGGGGCCCCCGGAGAGCAGCUCCGCCUCCUCCUGAGGAGCCGCCGGGGGUCCCAUCGCCCCCCGCCCAGCGCCGAGUGACGUCAGAGGGGCGGGGUCUCCCCGGUAUCAGAUGGGGGGACACCCCCAUAUUGGGGGAUUGAACUUUUCCUGAUUUCAAUGAAAUUGCCCCCAAAUUUCUGUGAAAUGAGUCUGAACCACAUUGGUUUGGUGGGGGGAGGAACACGGAGGGAGUCGAGCCCUUGCCCUUCCCCCCAGCCUCAUUAAUGGGGGCUGCUAAUGAGGGGCGUCUCCUCUAAAUUGGGGAAUUUGGGUGGAACAUGCCAAAUUGGAGAGGAAACCCAAAA